CGUUUGGAGACAUUAAGUCACAAAGUAUAAAAAAGCUACAAAUAGCCUCAUGGCGUUCAGGCGACAUAGCAUGAAAUCUAAACCUAUUCUAGAUCGUGAGCAGCUAUUGCAAAGCAUAGUGCGAGAUCGUGCCUUGUUAAACGACUAUUUCCAAGACCUGAGAACAAAAGAAUGUCAAACGACAGAUCAAGAAGAACCACCUACAACGACCGUAAGCCAAAAAGCUAUGCAUAUGCAACAGCGCGACAGCUAUGAUUUGUUUUUUGAAAGCGCUUGUAUCAGCAUCAAGAGUUUGCCACCCAAACUAGCAGCCGAGGCCAAAAGUCGCAUUUCGCAGAUCAUAACCGAAUUCGAGCUGCGUGCUAUUUCACAGCAAGAAGCGCAGCAGGAGAAACAAAAGGAAAAACAACAAAUCACCAAGACCGUGAGGCUGUCCAAUGAAUCUUCAAUGGGUCCUUCAUCAGAGAUCGUAUAUGAGUUUGAAGCAUACAGUUGAAGGAACUGUCACAGAAUUACCUGUCAACAUGUUCAAGUCGGAAAGAAGUUUAGUGUAUUUGGGCCCUAUUCACAG